GCGCUAUUUUAUCCCCACCUUUUUAUGCGCUGCCAUUGCUGUGUCAAAAUCCGCAAAGCGAGUAACACCACGUGCAACAGCUGGACGCAUGCAUGCAAAAUAACAAUUGUUUAGUGCUAAUUUGUUUAAAUAUUUAGAGAAAAAUAUAGUGAAAAUGGGUAAAAAGGUGUAUAACGCCAAAGCGCGUCAGAAUCCUAAAACGCUGGUGGACAAUUCGGCAGUGAAGGACAUCAAAAUCGAAUGGGCUGAAGGUGUUGCAGAAGCCGGCGCUGGCUAUGACGAUGCCAAUGCGUUGGCUUUGCCCUCGCAGAAGCGUGCAACCAAAGUGCAAUUGGAUAAACAACAACACGUAAAAAUACUAACAAAGAAACAACGCAAACAUUUGCAACAAAUUGUGGACAAAAAGAAGAAGAAGGAGGGUCGCGCCGAGUUGCUACAAGCCUUGGCUAGCGUGCAGGUGCCUGAACACGAGCUUAAGCAGUAUACAUCUAUCAGCCAGGUGCAGACGGUGGGCGUGAAGAAGUUACAGACGCUCGAAGAGGUGCUGGCAAAGAAGCAGCAACGUCAAACGGAGCAAAGUAGCAGCAAAGCAGUGGGCAAAGUAAGCGCAAUCAAAGGAGCAGCGAAACGCAAGCUGCUUAUAGAGGAUGAGGAGGCGUUAGCAGCUAAAAGACGUGAUCCCAAUGUGCUCAGUCUCGUAGAUGAUGAGGAUGAGGACAGUGAUAGUGAUAGCGAUAGUGAAAACGAAAGUGAGGGUGACAAUGAAAUGGCGGAAGAAUCUAAUAUUGGAUGUGUCGAAGAAAAUGUUGUGGAAAGUAAAGUAAACACUGAUGAGCUAGUAGAAAUGCCCUCCACAUCAACGAAAGUUACAGAGAAAGAAGGUGCAACAAAACCCAAUAAGCCAGCAGUACCAAUGCGUACCACAGUCUAUGUGCCCGUCCAUCGUGAUGCGGAAAUGCAGGCAGCGCGCCUUAAGCUACCCAUCUUGGGCGAAGAACAAGAAAUUAUGGAAACUAUUAAUGAGAAUCAAAUCAUAAUUGUGGCUGGUGAGACUGGUUCUGGCAAAACAACACAAAUUCCACAAUUUCUUUACGAGGCCGGCUAUGCACAGAACAACAAAAUCAUUGGUAUUACUGAACCGCGUCGUGUGGCCGCCAUCGCCAUGUCCAAACGUGUGGCUAGUGAAAUGAACCUCAGCGAACAGGAGGUGUCUUAUUUGAUACGUUUCGAGGGUAACGUCACGCCACAGACACGCAUUAAAUUCAUGACGGAUGGUGUGUUGCUGAAGGAGGUCGAAAGUGACUUUUUGUUGCAUCGCUACUCGGUUAUCAUAUUGGAUGAGGCGCACGAGCGCAGUGCCUACACCGAUAUACUGGUGGGACUGCUGUCGCGCAUCGUACCCCUGCGGCAGAAACGCGGCGAUCCACUAAAGUUGAUCAUCAUGUCUGCCACUUUGCGUGUGGACGACUUCAUUGGCAAUCCAAAGCUUUUUAAAUAUCCACCGCCGGUGCUGAAAGUGGAGGCGCGUCAGUUCCCUGUCACCGUGCAUUUUCAGCGACGCACACCGUCUGAUUAUCUGCAGGAAGCUUUCAAAAAGACAGCCAAAAUACAUUCCCAAUUGCCCGACGGUGGCAUUUUGGUGUUUCUCACAGGUCAGCAGGAGGUCAACACGCUGGUGCGCAAGUUGCGACGCACUUUUCCAUAUAACAAAAAGGAGGAUGAUAAGAAGGGAAAGGAAAAUGCAAAAGAAAUCAAAAAAUCUGGCGAUAAAGAAGAAGGCGAAAAAACGAAAGAUAGCUCGGAGCACGCCGCUGAACCCAAAGAAGCCGAAAACAUGGAGGAAACUAUUGAAGACGACAACGAACAGCUUGUAACACGGGACGAUGACGACUCUGAUAUUGAAUUCGAUAUGAAGCGCGCCAUACGCAGUGUGAAAAAGUCGAAGAAGAAGUUCAUGUCACAAAUUGCGUUGCCGAAAAUUAAUCUGGACGACUACAAAUUGCCCGGCGAUGACACAGAAGCCGAUAUGCACGAAACUCAAAAUAGCGAAUCCGAAGCCGAAAUAGGUGGUGACAAUACCGAUGAGGAGGACGAUGACGAUGGCGAUGACAAUACUGCUGCUCAUAUAGCCGCCACCAAACAACCACUAUGGGUGCUGCCGCUCUACUCAUUGCUCUCGCCGGAGAAGCAGAACCGCAUUUUCCAACCGCCACCCGAGGGCUGCCGACUCUGCAUAGUCAGCACAAAUGUUGCCGAAACAUCGUUGACGAUACCGAAUAUUAAGUACGUCGUGGAUAGCGGUCGCCAGAAGACGCGUCUCUACGACAAAAUAACCGGUGUCAGCGCCUUCGUUGUCACCUACACUUCCAAAGCCUCGGCAGAUCAGCGUGCUGGUCGCGCCGGUCGUGUAAGCGCUGGCCACUGCUAUCGGCUAUAUUCGAGCGCGGUUUACAACCACGAUUUCAUGGACUUCAGCCAACCGGAUAUACAAAAGCGCCCGGUGGACGAUCUCAUGCUGCAGAUGCGUUGCAUGGGCAUUGAUCGAGUUGUGAAUUUCCCCUUCCCCUCACCGCCGGAUACAGUGCAACUGCAGGCGGCCGAACAACGCUUGGUUGUGCUUGGCGCACUUGAACGCAUGGAGACGCUUAAAGGGGGCAAAGAACUGCCACCAGCUGUCACCAAACUCGGCCAAGUCAUUUCGCGCUUCCCUGUUGCGCCGCGCUUCGGUAAAAUGUUGGCGCUCUCGCAUCAACAAAAUCUGCUUCCCUACACCGUCUGCUUGGUGGCGGCACUAUCCGUGCAGGAGCUGUUGAUGGAGGUGGGCGUAAGCGAACACACUGAAGACGGUGAUGAUGGCAAUUCAUUUGCGCGCAACAAGUGGCAGAAGAAACGCAACAGUUGGGCCGCCACGGGCAAUUAUCAGCUGCUCGGCGAUCCCAUGGUGUUGUUGCGCGCUGUGGGCGCGGCAGAGUACGCAGGUUCGCAAGGCAAAUUGGCGCAGUUCUGCGCUGAGAAUGGACUGCGACCCAAAGCGCUGACAGAGGUGCGCAAGCUGCGCGUGCAACUCACAAACGAAAUCAAUUUGAACGUGACCGGCGUGGACUUGUGUGUCGAUCCGUCGAUGGCGCCGCCCACCGAUGUGCAGGCGCGCUUCCUACGACAAAUUCUGCUGGCCGGCAUGGUCGAUCGCGUGGCGCGCAAAGUGCCACUAACGGACAUCAGCGACAAAGAGGAGAAGCGGCGUCUCAAAUUCGCCUACAAUUGCGCCGAUAUGGCGGAGCCCGUUUUCAUGCACUCCUCGUCGGUGCUGCGCACAAAACUGCCCGAAUGGGUGGUCUACCAGGAGGCCUAUGAGACGCAGCAUGGUGAUGGCUCUAAAAUGUAUAUGCGCGGCAUCACCGCCAUUGAUCCGGAAUGGCUGCUGUUGUACGCGCCACUACUCUGCAAUAUACGCGAUAUCAAGGAGGAGCCAAUGCCGCGUUACAAAGAGGCGGACGGCAAGGUGUAUUGCUUUGUGGACGCCACAUUCGGCAAGGCGGGCUGGGAGCUGCCACUGACCGAACUCGAGAUGCCGGCGGGCGAGAAGGCUUGCAGCUACUUUGGUGUUUUCCUGCUGGACGGACAAGUUUGUCCCGCUUUAGCCGCUUAUAAAGCGAAGCUGAAGGCCACGCCGCCUUCGCUGGUGAAGAGUUGGUCGAAUCUGAAUGAGAGUGUGGUGCGUUUCAAGCGCGCGCUCAACAGCAAGCAAAUCAAUACGCGCGACAAGCUGCAUGCGGAGUGGGCGCGCAAUCCUAACUUUUUACUCGAGGAGUACCAGAACAUGCUUUAUGAUGUCUCCAUCGCGGAAUUGUCAGCCAAAUGGCCGCCAUUGGAGAGUUGAAUAAUCUGAAAUCGGAAAAGAUAAUCCAUAAUUGUUUACCGUUAGCUAAAUAAAAUAUUUCUAAAAAUAUUUAAAAAAUAAAACAAAUAUUGUAAAAAAAAGUUUUUGCUCUACAAAUAAAUGCUUAAUUGUAAAUUUGAAAA